UAGACAUGGCGUACGCAUUGCGAUUUCUUGGAAUCGCUACUAUUUGCUGGUAUUUGACUAGCGUGCUGGCCUAUGAGGUGCCAAAGGCAAGGAUCCAAGUGUUUUAUCCGAAGGGGUUCGAGGUCUCCAUACCAGAUGAGCCGGGCAUCACGUUGUUUGCUUUUCAUGGCAAGCUGAACGAAGAGAUGGAAGGUCUAGAGGCGGGCACUUGGGCACGUGAUAUAGUUAAGGCGAAAAAUGGACGUUGGACAUUUCGAGACCGAAUAGCCAGCUUGAAACCGGGUGAUACCCUCUACUAUUGGACCUAUGUCAUUUAUAAUGGCUUGGGCUAUCGCGAGGACGAUGGUCAGUUUGUUGUCGGAGAGUAUAGUGAUCUUAGCGAGGCAGCAAAAGCAACUUCAUCCCCGCCGGUUCAGGUAUAUGAGAUAGACAUAAGGCGUCCAGGAAGUAGUGGAACUACUGGCUGUUCUUCGACUGAUACCAUUGUGAAUGGCGUGCCGCGUCAAUGUGCUGGACAGCUGGUCUUUGUCGACGAUUUCAAUGAUGGACAACUGAAUGCCGAGAAAUGGAAGCUGGAGCGUCGAUUCUCUGGCGCACCCGACUACGAGUUUGUCAUUUAUAUGGACGAUGCGGCCAACACUUUGAAUGUAAAUAAUGGCCAAGUGACAUUGCAGCCACAACCAACCAGGCAUCAAUUCCGUAAGAAAAACGAACUGCAGUUCAAGUUGGACCUGGGCAGCAGCUGCACGGGCGCCUUGAGUACAAUGGAGUGUGUGCGUGAUGGCAGCAGGCUCCGAGAGGGACUGGCCCCCUUUAUAACGGCACAGUUCUCAAGCAAAGACUAUUUCAGCUUCAAAUACGGACGCGUGGAGAUACGAGCCAAGAUGCCACGAGCGGAUUGGGUGUUCCCUCAGCUUCUUCUGCAGCCCAAGGUUCAUGAAUACGGACCCGAGAACUACCAGAGUGGACAAUUGCGAAUUGCCUAUGCACGGAAAUCAGAUGGCAAACUGGAUCUCUAUGCUGGCGCCUUGUUAAAUGCCAUAGAGCCUCUGCGUUCGUUGAAGCUGUGCCACAAAACGGGCGAGGUUGGAAGUCCUAAUGCCGACUGGAGUGAUAGUUUCCAUACGUAUACGCUGAACUGGACAAAACAUGAGCUCCAGUGGCUUGUUGAUGGUGUGGAAUUGUGUCAUCUUGAUAGUCGAAAUGGCGCACUUAGUUCAUUGACGAGCAAUGGCAAGCGUUUGCCCAACGCUUCAGAACUGGAGAAGGGCAGUGGCUUGGCACCCUUCGAUCAGGAGUUCUAUUUGACUUUCGGUCUGAGUGUUGGUGGCUUCAAUGAGUUCCUCUACGAUGCCCAUAAGCCGUGGGGUGAGCAACAACCGAUUGCCAUGAUUGAUUUUUGGGCACAUCUGAAAUCGAAGCUGGACCAGUGGCUGGAGGAUGCAUCGUUGCAAAUUGAUUAUGUUAAGGUUUACACAUCGUAGUACCAUUAAAAACAACAUUCGUAAACACCGCUUAUGUGUCUCAAUUUGUGUAGAGACCCUCAGCGUUAUA